AUGCCGACACAAUGCUGCAGGAGCUCCUUGAAAUGUGCACAGAUCCUUCCCAUUGCGAAACAAGAGGCAGAGGUGGUAGGCCAUGUCCCAGAGAUGUUAUGGUCCUACAAGUUCGAAGAAACUUCCACAGCGAAAAUCCGAAAGGCCCUGGGACUUGAAGACGCCGAGCGCGGCAGCCGAGUCUUGUACAUCAUCGUAUUUAGAAAGCUUAUCCCGAUCACGACGCUCAGCGGGAUGGAGUUCCUCAGCGCAUGGUGGCAAAUUGCACUCUGUAGGUGCCAUUACGCCCUCUGGAAGAACGGCGUCCGUCACCGCGAUGCUAGCCCAAGCAACUUCAUGGUAUACCAAUUAGGCGAUCUUUGGAUCGGCGUCCUCAACGACUACGACUUAUCAUCGACCCAAGACGAUAGUCCCAGCGGCCUCGAGCGCACAGGAACGGUACCAUUCAUGGCACUGGAGCUUCUCACAAAGAAAGCCAUUGCAGGCCAAGUCGAGCACUUGUACCAGCAUGAUGCUGAGUCAUUCAUCUGGGUCCUCACCUGGGUCUGUCUUCGGUACGAAGAAGGCAAGCUCCUCAGCAAACCCAGACCACUUGAACAGUGGCUGGGAGUGGAUGCCAUUGGAUGCAGGAAGGAAAAGAACGACUUUCUGUUAGCAGGGCUCUGUGACGAAGACCUGCGUCCCUCGAGAUCGCACCAAGACACCUGGGUAAUUGCAAGGAAGUGCUUAGUGGCGAUCUGGUCGCAUAAUGGCCCAGACGGGCCCACCAAAAUGGUCGAUGAUGAGGUAUUCCGGUUGUGGCUCAAGGCCCAUGUGCCGAAGCACUUGCAUGGAGGAGUUAUUUUACCUGCCAAGUAG